UUAAAUGCUCUGUGCACGCGCGCUGGACUAGAGCAGGAGGCAGGAGGUCUUGUUGGUGUUUAUACGGCACGCGCGUGCACACAUGACCUAUAUCACCAUACGGAGGUCCCCAGAUGACCAAAUCCGCCGCAAAACAUCUGUCCAGCUGCUCAUGAAGCCGAAGGUAGGUUGUGCUCUGUCGUUCCCGGAGGGUCCGCCAGGUUUUUCCCGCACGACGGAAAUAAACACGGAACCUUCCUCGCUGUCGCUUUCCAUCUCGGUGUGUUUAAACGCACGAGGACACGUUUGUGAUGAAGAUCAGGAUCAGAAACACGACAUUUCUUCAUCUCAACGUGGGAAAACAGGUGCAUGUCAAAGCGAUUACUGAAGGAACGCUGCAUUUAGGAUCAGGACGAUUUCAGAUCACAGAUAACAUGAGGAACAUUUGUGAAUGCGUUCUGGUUGACUUAGACUAAAUCGGGAUCUUAUGUGUUGAUUCGUUUUUUUUUUUUAAUGCACCGAGUUUACUUGAUGCUGGAUUACGGAGUCGGGGCGUCUGAGUGGACGGUGCGCAUGCGCAGAUGGCCAACGCAAGUGACCCCGGUGAAAGCAACAAGCCCUCGCUUCAGGACUAUGUCAUCACUGCCUCUGCUGUGAAACUGGCCUCUCUGGGUCUCAUUGUAGGGGUCAGCUUGUUGGGAAACAUGCUGAUCUCACUGUUGGUGAUUAAGGAUCGUUCUGUUCACAAAGCACCAUAUUAUUUUCUGGUUGAUUUGUGCUUGGGUGACGUUGCAAGAUCGGCCUCGUGCUUCCCAUUCAUGAUGGCGUCUGUGGCACGUGGCUCGAAGUGGGCUUACGGAGCUAUGAGCUGCAAAGCUGUGGCUUUUCUGUCUGCUCUGUUCUGUUUCCAUGCUGCCUUCAUGUUGUUCGGUGUGAGUGUCACGCGCUAUAUGGCGAUCGCACACCACAGAUUCUAUGCCAAACGCGUGACGCUGUGGACGUGUGCUGCCGUCAUUGGUGUUUCGUGGAUUUUAGCAGCAGCCAUGGCCCUGCCACCUGUGUUUGACAUGAACACGUACAGAUUUAUGCAUGAGGAGGAGCAGUGCAUGUUUGAGCAGCGCUACGCAAGGGCCAACGACACCUUAGGAUUCACUCUGAUGUUGGCUGUGGUAGUAGGAGCCACACACGCAGUGUAUGUCAAGAUGCUCUGCUUUGUCUAUGACCACCGCAAGAUGAAGCCAGCCCAGUUAAUCCCAGCCGUCAGUCACAACUGGACUUUUCAUGGACCUGGAGCCACAGGUCAAGCAGCUGCUAACUGGAUUGCUGGAUUUGGACGUGGCCCAACACCUCCCACUCUAGUGGGCAUCAGGCAGGUAGCACACAGUGCCAACAGAAGGCUGCUUGUCCUGGAUGAGUUCAAGAUGGAAAAGCGAAUUGGAAAAAUGUACUACAUGAUAACACUUGCUUUCCUGCUGCUCUGGGCACCGUAUAUUGUCUUGUGCUAUGCGCAAGUAUUGGUGAAGGAUAGUGGCAUGCCACGGGCAUACGUGAGUGCUGCAGUCUGGCUCACUUUCGCUCAGGCAGCAGCCAAUCCGCUUAUUUGCUUUGUUUUUAACAAGGAGCUCAGGACACGAUGCCGAGCUUGCUUCCCUUGCUGCUUGACUACACCUACACAAACACCCAUGGAGCCAUAUUGUGUGAUCUAAAGAAAGUGUCUGGUCUAUAUUUACCUUCUAUUGAAAGAUACUUCAUAAGAACAAAACUGAGCUAUAAUGAACUGAUCUGACACAGAUCGAUUAAACGAGGGUUAAAUCAUUACAACAUGGGCCAUUAUAGGACGAACAUCAACAAACAGGUGGUGUGAUGCUUUACCACCUUUUGCAAGAAGCAAACCAAAAUAGGAUUUGUAAAUGCAGAAAGAAACAAAGCAUGGUUUACUGAUGAAAAAUAAAAUUCCUAAAUACACACAUUUUGGAUGAUUUUACAUUUAUGGAUUAAUUUUUUUAAUCUGGAUUUGCCAUUACCUUUGUCAUUUGUGUGUCACCAUGUUGAGAUCAAUUCACAAAUUUGUGUUUUUCUUAAAGAUGUUUCCUUUAGCCAGUCAGAUGUGAGAUUUCAAUCCAGUUCACCAUAAUAUGCUUUUCCCAGUGAUAUGCACAGAGCAGAUUGUGUUUCAUCAUUCCAACAUGGCUGAUGCCCAGAUUUCAUACACAAGUAAUGCAAACUCUCUCCUAGUUCAAAACACAUUAAGAGGGUAGUAGUUUUUAGUCGUGAAAUCCUGUGAAAUGUGCAAACGCUGUCAUCACCGUACACUCAUUAAGGAACACUUUGCAGCCGACAUGAAAAGUUAUGCUUCUUGUAUCAAAGCACUGAGCACAGCUUAUAAAGGGUAGCUGGAUUGAAUUGAAGAAUCUGAUUAGAUAAAGAUUGCAAAUGCAGAUUCAGUAAUCGAUUCAUAAAUGUAAAAACAAUUAGAAAUUUGCAGACACUUGUGUAUUUAUGAAUUGUGUUUUGCACUCGUGAAUCGCAUAUUGUGAAUUGAAUUUUACUCUUGCCUUUGUAAAUCUGUAUUUUGUGAAUGAAAGUAUGGCUUUUUUUGGGAAUGUGAAUUAACCUGCGCAUUUGUGAAACUAAGUUCAUAAAUGUAUUCAUGUAUUCUAUCUCCAUAUUCCUUCACCAUCUACCAUCUUACCAAAAUACCAGGAAGUGUCCUCUUUCCCAAAAACUUCCCGAAAGCACUAAUGCCUAAGACUCUGUCAAUAAAUGUAAGAUAAACAUCGACUUACAGAAAGCCUCUUUGAUAAACGACGAGACAUUUUCAAUUCGUUAUCAUCGUUAGGCUUAAGUAAUGAGGAUCGUCCGCUGAACGAGUCUCUGUGAAUGAGCUGUUGCUAUAGAAACAAAAGCAUAUUAGAUUAUGUGCAUUAAUAUAAACCUGUCUUUUGAAUUACAGUGAGUAUUUUUGUCAGAGCUGCUUUUUAGAGAAGAUUAAUCAUCCAGGAUGAGAGCGAGAGAGGUAAGACGUCAGGUUAUUACUAAUAAAGCAAGCUGUUAAACUACCGUAAGUCCGUAGGUUUGUAUGGGGUUAUACGUUUCUUUAAAAAAAAAAAAGAAAAAAAAAUUUGGGAGUUGAAUAAUUUCUUUGUUUUCAAUGGUAAUUAUUAAAGCUAAUUAAAAAAACAAUUAGCAUGUUGUACAUUUGCAGUAUGUACAGGUGUAGUCGUGAAAAGUCAUUCGGCAUACUGAGACACUCCAAACGUGCCCGAGGUGCACAAUGGGGAAAGAGACGCUUCACCAGCUUGCUGUAUUUUAUCAGUUACGUAGGAGGAGCUUUGUAAAUCGAGACAAAGUAAAUUAACAGACCGUUUUGCCUAAAUGAAAGUAGAUGGUACAGUUUAAUGCUCCAGAAAUAAAGCAGGUAAUUUAGGACUCUAGGAUGUAGGACAUGAGAGGCACUCAGCCUACAGGAGAAUACUUUGUUUACUGUUUUAUACAUGUAUACUUAAUUUGAUAUUGUUGGCUCAAAUCAGUUAUUUAUGCUAACCUUACUUUUUUUUUGUUAGAUUUGUGGAAUGCACGAUACAUACAUUAGGCAUUCAAGAAUAACGGGGCCUUUAAGAGGGAUGGGGCUAGCAAUGAAGGGGAGAAGAAAGAGGCUUUUUGGAGAGCAGCAGGGAAACCAGAUGCUGACACUGGAUGAGAAAAAAUGUUUCAAGGUACCAGACAUCAGUUUUUUUUCAGACAUUAUAAAUUCAUUGUAUUCUGCUGGAGCUAGAAGCACAGCAUUACACAUGACACAUAAAAUAUGCCAUCGACUGGGAAAAGUUUCACAUCCAUUAAGGGUGAUACUCCAUUUCAAACAUGAGAACACGGUAGAGGUGGUAGAGUCCAUAGUGCACGUGUGUAAGUGUGUAGUGUGUAGUAGCCAUUUGGGUUGCAGCUCUUGUCAUUUUUGAUAUCGGAAUAAUUGUCUAUAAUCAAGCAUAAAAUUUAUGCAAGAUAAGGAGUCAUAACGGAAUGAAACAAAAGGUGGAAAUACAGGUGGAAAUCACCUCUCACACAACGCUUCAUAAAUAGUUUCAUCUCAUGUGUCUGAAUGUUUUCUUUUUUCAAGCAUUUGGCUAGAUAUGGGUUUGUAGCUUCCUAAAAGGUUCUCUUUCACUCUCUUUGUGUUGGGAAACACUCUGUUGUAUGAUUGUACAUAAGACUUUUCUAUGUCCCAGGGGGACAAACCAAAGAACCUCAAGGGUUGGAGAUGAGUGCAACAAACACAUGUUUCUCAACAAGCCUAUUUUCAUAUAACAUCUGAAUAAUUCAUUUAUACGUCAUUAUUUUUGCUAUGUAAUAUAUUUGCAAUUCCUUUAACAGAUUUCUUUUUCAUAUGGUGCGUCAAAAGUCUUUUUCUUCAUAUUUCAUAUCGUUUCAUCUUCCGGUUAUUUAACUGUUAUUAAAAAGGGUUUUUUUUUUAAAUAUCAGGACUUGAACAUACUUCUAUUUAUGUUUUUGUUAAAAAAAUAACAUGGACUGCUGUUCCAGAGACUUUUGCAUCAUCUGUGUUGGAAGUCAAAUAAAGUUGAUUGUCACAACAUGUUUAAA